AUGUCUUACAUAUUCCAGCCGGAGGAUUCUACGGUAAAGAUCUUCAACGCCAGUGGCCCCAAACCCGUUUAUCCGGCAAAACCUGGGAGUUUUUCUCCUGCUCUGGGCAUGAGAGAAUGGCUAAACAUCAGGCUGGCUCUUUGUAAAAUUGAACAGGUCCUGAGUGGCACAGCUGUGCCAGGCUAUGCGUUGGAAGAACAGGUCCUCGGCCGCAGUGAUCUCAAGGCUCUAAGAAUUGCUUCAAUGGACUAUAACCCUGACAACAAAUUAUUUUAUGUGUUUACAGCGGAAAUACAUCCUAGAACGGGUGCCAUAGGGAGUCUACACGGUUUCUGUGAAGGAUAUGCCUACGAGACAAUUGUGCCCUACUCCCAGGAUGUAUUUACACACAAGCCGCAAACAGAGACUUUAAACGGCCUGUCAACUCCCCUGACCCAGGACCGUUGGACGCCCCCUAUUAAACACCAACGGACAAUCAGGGCCCAGAUCCACAGGUCCGCUUCACCCGAACAAUACUACUGGGAGGGUAUUCACGAGACAGCGUUACAAGGACAAGGCUCACAAGCUACAGACCAGGCAGAUGCUAUAAUUAGGGUUGCCCAAAGACAUGUUCCCGAGUUCUCAGAGCUUCUUCAGAACAGCCCUCUUCAAAAAAGCCGAGACUCCUCGCCGGCUUAUAAAGACAUCCAAGAAGCUACACAUCUAGAUCCCGAGGAGGCGCCAAAGACCCCAGUCACCAGAACAGCGAAGCCUGAUGAUUUCAAAGUUUUAAAUGACAUUUCUGAGGUAGACGAUUUGAUGUUCUGUGAAGUGGCCAACCUUAUUGAAGCGGCCAAUUCUGGUGGGGCAACAGCCUCUUGUGAAAUAGACCAAGCCGUGCUUUUCAAGGCUUUUACACAGGGUUUAAAAUCACGAAAGGCUUUACUUCAACGUCGUAUGGGUAUUCUAUUCGAACAUCAAUACAAUCAGGAUGUGUCAUUCUGGCGUAGAGAGCUUCCCCGCAUGUUAAACAACAGUAGGGUUAAAACAAGCAAAUACCUCCGUUAAAAAACACGUAUGUAAAAAAAACACAAGCACACACAUCCUUAAGUAGAGAAAUGGCGCCCCCUAUAGACCUAAGCGAGACAAUUGAAACCCUCUUAGCGGAAAUCCCUACAGAGCUCCAAGAUAUAAUUGACCAUAUGAAUGAUUCUGGGCUAAUUGACAUAGGGGCUAUAGAUGAAAACCUAUUAUCCCAGAUUCCCUCCGAACUCAUUGAAAUUAUUACACGUAUGAAUGAGUCAGGGUCUGCCGAUGAAAACAGGUUAUCACAGAUACCCGAAUCAAUCAUAUCUUUAAUUACCCAGAUGAACGAGAGCCCUAGGUUUAAUUCUGCACCCCCUACACCUCUAAGCCAUCCUUUAACACCCAUGUUCGAACAGGAAACCCAAUACGAUGUUUUUGAACAGCUGAACAAAUGUCUAUCAAAUCUGGAGCGGGAAGGUCUUGAUCACAAUGUACAGAACGAGAGCCCUAGGUUUAAUUCUGCACCACCUACACCUCUAAGCCAGCCUUUAACACCCAUGUCUGAAGAGUCUGAAACCCAAUACGAUGUUUUUGAACAGUUGGACAAUUGUCUAGCAAAUCAGGAUGGGGAUGGUCUUGAUCGCAGUGAACAUGUUUUGUAUCGAAAUAAAUUCCACAAUAUUGAGGUUCGACAGUUUUUCAAUUUCGCAUGGGGGGGUCAGAUUCGGGAAUAUGCUGUGUUUUACGUAAUGCUUAUGGACACUUUGAAUGAACUGGUAGAUAGAGUUAGAGCUUAUAGCCAACCAAGGGAUACCUUACAGUUGGAAAUUUUUGGAGACAGUCUGCAGAGCCGUGUGUCGCUUAUUUUAAAUAGGGGUGAAGCAGAUCUUGAACAAUUUGUUAACCUGCUAGAACGCCUUGUUCAGUCAAAUUUAAACGUGCUAGCAGAUAGGACCCUCGAACUUGUAGUACAAUUAGUCCGGCCACCACAAGGGGGCGGCGGGCAGAGACGUAAACUCGAUAGCCUGAUGCAGUCCGAAAUCAUAAGCAAUAAAAAGGCCUACCUCAUAAUCGUUCACAAUCAUGGUAAUAAGCUAUGCUUUGCCAUAGGUUUGGCCCACUUACUCAGCCCAGGAUGUACAGAGCGCGAAGCGUUACAGAAAGCUCAAGAGCUACAAAAGGCUGUGGGUUUAGGUAUACAGGAGGCUGUG